CUCGCGCUCUCUCUCUCUCUCUCUGGCUCUCGCUCUCUCUCUCUGGCUCUCUCUCUCUGGCUCUCUCUCUCUGUCUCUCUCUCGCUCUCUGGCUCUCUCUCUCUCUCCCAUUUCCCAUACCCGCUUGGCUUCCCUUCUGUGGUUCCCUACCUGCACCUAUAUCCCUCCUUCCUUCCAUCCAUCCUUCCUUGAGUCUCCCUCCAUCCGGCGGCGCUGCCAACAUGCGUCGGUUCAGCUCCGAGGGGUCCCUAUUGAAUAUGGACUUCCUGCCGUGGAAGAAGGUGGAGCUUAAGGACCAGAACUACCACAGCCGGGACGGGGAGUCAGGCACCUACACCCCCCACCUGGGAGAGGACGAACUGGAUGGGCGAACCACCUCUCUCCCUCCCACGCCCAUCAUCCUGGAGCCUGAGGCCAGCCCUGGGAGGACACCGGGGUGGGGGGAGCUGGGCAAGGAGCACAGCGUCAGCGCGGAGAACGUCACAGAACUGGGGAGGCCAGAGGUUAAGGGUAAUCUGAGAGUGGUGAACCUCAACGAAGGAUGCAGGGCGUACAGUGACGGCCAGUUGGCGCCGGCGACUUCGGGUAGCAGCACAGAGAGCGUGGGCAGGCACGACCGGCCUCCGCCCUCUCCCUCGUACUCAACCUUUGACUCCAGCCCCUUUUCCUUCAAGUCUCAGCAACGGUCCCACGCCAGAGCCAAGCUGUCAGCAGCCAAGCUACAUCUGAAGAGCCUGUUUGGGCAGAGUCCCCAUUCAUCACACUCCAACUUGUUUAACCCAGAACAGAAGGAGCAGAAAGACCGUGUUAAAGAGCAGCGGUCCCGCCUCCCGUUCCUUCGCCAAUGGAGUCAGGUGGGCCACAGCAAGGUCAAGUUCAGCCGGGAGGAACUGGAUAAGUGGGCUGAGUCGCUGGACGCCCUCCUGGCUAGUCGGACCGGUGUGUCUGUGUUCGGAGCAUUCCUUCGCUCAGAGUUUAGUGAGGAGAAUCUACAGUUCUAUCUGGCCUGUGAGCAGUACAGAAACUCCUCCAACAACUUCAGCCUGCACAGACGGGCCAAGGAGAUCACGGUCACCUAUAUCGAGGCGGGGGCACCGCGAGAGGUGAACUUGGACAGUAAGACCAGAGAUCUAACCACACAGCUCCUACAGGCCCCAUCACACACCUCCCUGUCCCACGCCCAGAAACGCAUCUACUCCCUCCUGGAUACAGACUGCUACCCUCGCUUCCUCCAGUCCACCAUCUACCUCACCUUGCUGGGCCAGGCUGACUAGAGACUAAGGGCUCCAGUCAAUCCAUAUCGCCGAAGUUCAGCACUAUAAUUUGACAUUUUUAAUGGCAAUGUUCCCUCGUUCGCGGAGACUGCAUUUCACGUUAAACUGCAUAUUUUGUCUCAAUCUCUGAACUUCCACAAUACAAAAUGAAUGGAGACCGAAGGCUGCAUCCUUAUUCUCCGCUCUUCAUCCUUUCUCCCGAAGUGCACACUUUUGUAGAUACGGAGCAGUGGUGGGGACGGUUGCAGGAGAUACUGCAGAGUUAAAGAGGGUUUAAAGGGGUUUAGUCAUUCCAGUAGAUGAGUGUGUGCUGGUGUUCAUUAGGAACAGAAGCACUUGCAAAACAUAAACAGAAAACAAGAGUGUCUUUUUAUUGGACAAGUUCAGAUCGUCCUUUCAGUCAGGUUUUUUCUUAAUUCGAUGCCUAAUGAACAUGACCCAGGUUUUUGUUCUGCUUGGGGUGUGAAAGGGGCUUAAGGGAGGUAAAAGCAGGGAAAGGGGUUUGGAUGGAAGGAGCUUACCAAGCGAUAAACUCAGGUUACAGGACAGGGGUCUGUUUUUUCCAUGACUUAGAGAGGUGCAACCCGAGGUGGUGUGAAACUAUGCAGAUCUCAAUGUUUGUAAUCAUUAAACAUCCUCUUCUUAACUCGAUAGGUCCCCCACGGUCCAAUGGGCACGUACGGAAUAGCGCCAACAGAAAGGAAAAACAACAGCCAAGACGGAGCUCUAGUUAAAGAACUUUGAGUUACUUGUAGUGCCUUUACUUUUCUCUCUGUCUGUCUCUCCCUCUCUGUCUCUCUCUCUCUGUCUGUCUGUCUCUCGCUCUCUGUCUGUCUCUCUCUCUCUGUCUGUCUCUCCCUCUCUGUCUCUCUCUCUCUCUGUCUGU